AUGUCGACUAUAUUUGGAGCACGUGUCAAGAACGUUCUUUCUGCUGAUACGCUUGUGCUGGUUCCUUUGAAGGGGCCCAGUACAGAGCGAAUUUUGACUCUGGGCUACGUGCAGGCUCCACGGCUAAAUUCCGGCGAGAAGUACGCUUUUGAGGCCAGAGAGCUUCUGAGAACGCUCUUGGUCGGCAAGGAGAUCAAGUUCUGGAUACUCUACAAGAGCCAGUCAGAGAAAGAAUUUGGAGACGUGUCGACGCCGCUCUUCCCUUCCUUGAUUUCGUAUCUCUUGGAGAAAGGUGCCGUAAAGCUCAGAUCCGGAAUAUUCGACGACGAAGCUCUGCUUGAUUUGCAGAAAAUCGAGGCCAAGGCCCGCGACAAGGGUGUUGGCAUGUGGGCUAAGAACUUGGGUGCCAUUGAGACGGCCAAUGAGCUGACACCAAGUCAAAAAGAAAAGUCAAAGACCACACCGCUCGACGCCAUAGUGGAGAGAGUGAUCAGUGGAGAUCGUUUGAUGGUGAGAGCACUGGUUUCCAAAAACAAGCAUGCUGUGUUUCCUGUGCUGAUUGCUGGAAUUAAGGCUCCGAGAACGGCCUCUGCAGAGCAAGAGGCAGAGCCAUUUGGCGAGCAGGCCAAGAGCUACGUGGAGACCCGGUUGCUGGCCAGAAACGUCAAAAUCAGUGUUGUUGGCGAGUCGUCCAGCGGGAUCGCGGUUGCACAGGUGAUGCAUCCGGCAGGGAAAAUAAAUUCCAAGCUACUGGAGGAAGGACUGGCCGAGGUGGCUGACUGGCAGUCCGUUCUGCUGGGAGCCAGCGGGAUGGCAGAUUUGCGCAAGAGUGAGCGUAUUGGUAGAGGCCAGAAGAAAAACUUAUGGCACAACGAGGAAGGUUCGACAGAAUCCACUGAGAAGAGCUUCAACGGAACAAUUGCAAGAGUGAUUUCAGCCGACACGUUGGUGGUCCGUUUGAAAAAUGACACUGAAAUCACUGUUCAGCUCGCAUCUCUCAGAGGGCCAAGACAAUCUGACCCGGAAACUGCACCAUUUGUUGCCGCUGCGAGAGAAUUUGUUCGCUCCAAGGCCAUUGGCAAGCAAGUCAGGGUCGUGGUCGAGUCGAUUAGACCAAAGACAGAACAGCUUGACGAGCGUUCUCUGGUGAGUAUUUUCUUGAACGAUGGAACAAACCUUUCGGAUCUCAUUGUCUCCAAUGGCUAUGCAUCCGUUUUGAAGUUCAAAUCGGAAAGCAAGCCAGACUACUGGGACUCGCUGAUUGAAAGCGAGUUGCAGGCUACGAAGCUAAAGAAAGGAAUUCACGGCAAAAUCCCAGAUCCAGAGAGAAUCGUGGACGCCUCGGAAUCUGCUGCAAGAGCAAGACCAUAUCUUUUCUCCUUCCAAAACAGAACGAAGAUCCCGGGUAUUGUCGAGCACAUCACAGCUUCCAACAGGUUCAAGAUUUCCAUGCCUCGUGAGGGUCUCAGAUUGACCUUUGUACUAGGAGGGCUGGCAAACCCAAGAGGAGACGAAGAGAUAGCUGAGAAGGCUUUGGCGUUCACAACUAAAAAAGCGUACCAGAGAGACGUCCAUUUGGAUAUCUACAACGUCGACAAAUUUGGCGGUUUCAUUGGCAACCUUUAUUUCCCAGGAUCCAGUGUUCCGUUCCAAAUAUCCCUGUUGCAACAAGGAUUUGCCGAGUGCCACGAAAGAUCGCUCGCACAGACCAAAUAUGAAAGGCAAUUUUUGCAAGCAGAAGAGGAAGCAAGAGAGAAAAAGCUGGGUGUGUGGGCCGCAUACCAGCCUGAGGAGGCACCGGUCCAGCAGAUGUCAAAGCUCAGUAUUGACAGAAAAUACUACGACGUGGUGGUCACCGACGUUUCAGAGACGAUAGCUCUCCAAAUUCUCAACGACGAGCAGAAAAAGCUAUCUCCAUUCAUGAAACAAAUGCAUGCCUCCUCGUCGGGCUUCAAGCCGCUAGGUAAACCGCCAAAGGCUGGAGCACUUGUCGCUGCCAAGUUUUCAGAAAAUGGAAAGUUCUAUCGUGCGCUGGUGGUUGCUGUUGACCGCCAACUGAACAAGUACAAAGUCCGCCAUGUGGACUAUGGGAACAGCGAGAGCGUUCCGCUGUCUGACUUGCGCGAACUGCCUGCCAAUUUCGGAACCUCUGUGUUAAAGCCCCAGGCUCACGUGGCUCAAUUCUCGCUGGUCAAGCUUCCGCCAGCUCAGCCUAUCGACUACUUGCAGGAUGCGAUUUAUUUCCUUGAAGACCUGAUUUUGGACAGACAGCUCGUUGCGUGCGAGACUUUCCACAACCCAGAGCCAGGUGUCGAGAUGGACGUGGAACUGUACGAUCCAGAAACAAUUUCCAAGGAUCCAAAAUGGACGAUCAACAAAGAGCUGGUGUCCAAUGGUCUCGGUAUUGUUAAGAAGGACUUGAAAGAGUUCGAAAAGCUGCUUUCUGCCGAACAGCAGGCACUUCUGGAACUCGAACAGGAGGCCAAACGUGCUCACAAGGGCUGCUGGGAACACGGCGACAUUGAGGAGUAA